GCUUGCAAUCAAUUUUUUUUCUCUUCUUCCUUCUCUAACCGAGUGUCAUCGAUAUUUUUUCCAUCACAUUUCUUAGCUAUAACAUUUACGAGGUUGUUCAGAAACUCUCGUCUCCAAUUGCUCUCAUCCCUCCUGCAAGCUCUCCGGAUCCCAUCUCACUAGCUCUUAUCCCGUACCCACACACACACGGACCAAAAUGUCGAGUCAACCUCUCCUCCAGACUGCCCCAGGCAAGCGCAUCGCCCUGCCCACCAGAGUCGAACCCAAGGUCUUCUUCGCCAACGAGCGGACCUUCCUCUCCUGGCUCAACUUCACCGUCAUCCUGGGCGGCUUGGCCGUCGGUCUCCUGAACUUCGGUGACCGCAUCGGUCGUAUCUCCGCCGGUCUCUUCACCAUCAUCGCCAUGGCGGCCAUGAUCUACGCCCUGUGCACCUUCCACUGGCGCGCAGCCAGCAUCCGCAAACGCGGCCAGAGCGGCAUCGACGACCGUUUCGGUCCGACCGUCUUGGCCCUCGCCUUGUUGGCGGCCGUCGUCGUCAACUUCAUCCUCAGGAUGACGGAGAACUAAGCCGUUUCCUGUAUUUCUUGUGUUUCUCGUUUGUGUGUGCUUGUUUCUCGCCCCCCUUGUUUUGUGCGGCACGUGCCCGUAUUUUUGCCUGCGCUAGACUGGGUUAUGUGUUAUGGUCUAUGCCCUUUAUGGACUUGUUGCUUAUUCGCGCUGGGGUGGACGUCGCUGGCCGGUGCAAGGGCUAAGAAUGAGUGGAUAGAUUAUGGACUGGUUUUGAUGAGCGGUCGUAAGACUGUCUUUCUUUU